CAUUAGUGUAAUUCGGUCAAUCUUGACACUGAAAAGAGACAAAUCUACACGGUCAAGAUAUAAAUUCCUUCCAUUUCCGUGUAAUUUGGACCAAGAUGGAGAAAAAUGCAUUUAAGAGAAUUCAGUAUGAAUUGACUUGUUUAUAAACAUUCACUUUGACUUGUAUUUUGGAGGACAAAUUUAAGUUAUACUGAAUAUAAUAUUUGUCGUUUCAUUUGCUUUGAACCUCCAUUUACCUAUCCACCAUCCAAAAUGAGUGGAAUGCGAACUCAGCCCCGAAAGGACACAAAAAUGCGGAUCAGAGCAUUUCCAAUGACAAUGGAUGAGAAAUAUGUCAACAACAUAUGGGCUCUACUGAAAAAUGCCAUUCAAGAAAUUCAGAAGAAAAACAACAGUGGACUAAGUUUUGAAGAACUUUAUCGAAACGCCUACACAAUGGUGUUACACAAGCACGGUGAAAAACUAUAUACAGGACUGAAGGAAGUUGUGCACGAUCACUUGGUUACAAAGGUACGAGAAGAUAUACUGUCAGCUUUAAACAACAAUUUCCUCCAGAUCCUGAAUAGUGCAUGGAAUGACCACCAGACCUCCAUGGUGAUGAUCAGGGACAUACUCAUGUACAUGGACCGGGUUUAUGUCCAGCAGAACAACGUAGACAAUGUGUACAACCUGGGGUUGAUGAUCUACAGAGACCAUGUAGUACGUCACCCAACUAUACGAGAUCACUUAAAAAUGACGCUUCUAGAAAUGGUGGCCAAGGAGAGAAGGGGAGAAGUGGUAGACAGGGGUGCUGUGAAGAAUGCAUGUCAGAUGUUGAUGGUCCUUGGUAUAGACUCGCGAACAGUCUACGAGGAAGAUUUUGAACGACCUUUCCUGGAACAAUCUGCUGAAUUUUACAGGUCUGAAAGUCAGAAAUUUCUUGCUGAAAACAGUGCCUCUGUGUACAUCAAGAAAGUAGAAGCACGAAUCAAUGAAGAGGCCGAGAGAGCAACACAUUACCUGGACAAAACCACAGAGGAACCUAUUGUGAAGGUUUUAGAAGAAGAGCUGAUCAGUAAACACAUGAAGACAAUAGUUGAGAUGGAGAAUUCCGGAGUAGUUAACAUGCUAAAGAAUAACAAAACAGACGACUUGGCAUGCAUGUACAAGCUGUUCAUCCGUGUGCCGGAGGGCCUCAAGACGAUGUGUGACUGUAUCAGUGUAUAUCUGCGCGAACAAGGCAAGGCCAUUGUCUCCGAGGAGGGAGAGGACGGCAAAAACGCCAUCACUUAUAUACAGAGUCUCCUUGAUCUGAAGGACAGAUUCGACCACUUUCUACAUGAGUCGUACAGUAGCGACAAACAGUUUAAGCAGAUGAUCUCCAAGGAUUUCGAGUUCUUCAUAAAUAUCAACCACAAGUCCCCCGAAUACCUGUCACUAUUUAUUGACGACAAACUUAAGAAGGGUGUUAAAGGGAUGACAGAGCAAGAAAUUGAGAUGGUUUUAGACAAAAGCAUGGUUCUAUUCCGGUUCCUUCAAGAAAAAGAUGUAUUUGAAAGAUACUACAAGCAGCAUUUAGCAAGGAGAUUACUACUUAGUAAGAGUGGAUCAGAUGAUUCGGAGAAAAACAUGAUUUCCAAGUUGAAGACGGAGUGUGGAUGCCAGUUCACAUCCAAGCUGGAGGGAAUGUUCAAAGACAUGACUGUAUCCAACACCAUCAUGGAGGAGUUCAAAGGUUUCCUUACCCGUGGAGAGGUUAAUUUGAAUGGAGUAGACCUAGUGGUGAAGGUUCUGACGACAGGUUUUUGGCCUACACAGUCGGCCACCAGAUGUGUCAUACCCAAAGCUCCAAGCAAGGCCUUUGAGGACUUCCGGAGAUUUUACCUUGCAAAACACAGUGGUCGCCAGCUGACGCUACAGCCCCAGUUGGGAUCUGCUGAUCUCAAUGCCACGUUUUAUGGCCCCAAGAAGGAUGAUGCUGGACAGUCAUCAGGGGCAAGCUCCAACUCCAAAGGACCCCGCAAACACAUCAUACAGGUGUCUACGUACCAGAUGUGUGUGCUCAUGCUCUUCAACAACAGGGACAAGUGUACAUAUGAGGAGGUGAAAAGUGAGACAGACAUCCCAGAGCGGGAUCUGAUGAGAGCUAUGCAGUCUCUGGCUGUAGGAAAGUUAGGCCAGAGGGUCCUACAGAAGGAACCAAAGACAAAGGACAUAGAACCUCACCAUGUAUUUAUGGUGAACGACCACUUCACAUCCAAGCUGUGUAGGGUCAAAAUUCAAACAGUGACAGCAAGUAAGGGCGAGGCAGAACCAGAACGCAAAGAAACCCGGACAAAGGUCGAUGAAGACCGAAAACAUGAGAUUGAGGCAGCCAUUGUGAGAAUUAUGAAGGCAAGGAAGAAGCUGCAGCACAAUGUUUUAGUUGCAGAGGUUACUGAACAACUCAAAGUGCGAUUCCUGCCCAGUCCUGUGGUAAUCAAGAAGAGGAUAGAAGGCCUAAUAGAACGGGAAUACCUAGCUCGUACACCAGAUGACAGGAAAGUUUACACAUAUGUAGCAUAAGGAGUAAUGAAGAGGACGCAUUCAUUGCUUAUUUACUUCAUUGGACUGGAGAAAGAUUCAGUCCGUAUCCUACUGGGGGAAUUUUCCAGUUGGCUGUAUACGGCGAAGAAUUCACCGAUAUGGCGGUCACAGCAAUGUCUAUCCGGAAGAAUGCGUUUCCAUUUAUAUAAUUCUGUCUGUAUUUUGGCAGCACGGAUGUUAUAGUGUGGAAACGAUUUUUGGACUACUGCGGUAAUACAGUGUGGUAUAUAGAUGUGAUAUUUCAACAUGAACUUAAACAAAGUUAUGAGGAAGUUGAACUGAACACAAAAAUCAUAUUGUGAGUGAGUGGGUUCUGGAUCUUGACGUUAUCUUACAUAUUAUGCAUGUUUGCAAUAUUAUGAAAGUGGUGUUUGAUGGUCAUAGACUGCCAACAUGAUGAGAAGUAGCGGGUGGUAAAACCAGGCGGGGAUAGUCUGGCAAUAUCCAUAGAAACCAGUGUACUGGACUGGGUCUACGGAAUAGUGAGGCUCUUUUGUACAGCAUAGAUCUACAAUGGUCUAGGCACAUGGACACAAGAAUGCUUAUUCAGUGAACUUAUUCAUAACUAUUAAAUUCGCUCCAUUGGUACAUGUGCAAACGAAAGAAAUUUGUGAAGUUGAAAGGGUCCCAAAAUAUGAAAUAUAGAUAUUGAUUUUUUUUUUUUUUUAAUUCAGAAACAAAAAAUCUGAGUGUCUGAAUGUAUGUUGAUGAAUUAUUUAUAUCUAUUACAUGUGAUUGAAAGGUCAUUAAAUAUAGAAUAUGUCCCGUCGAGUCAUUCGUCGGGUUUUGAGUUGAUUUUGUUGGUAUAUUCUGUGUUCUUUAAUGGAAUUCAUAAAUUCCUUUUAAAAAAAACCCAGAUUUUUUCUAAUACGUGAAUAAAAAACACAUGGUCCAGUAAAUAAACUAGCCUACUCUUGAAGUGUUUUGAUGUUACUAUGAUGCUGUUGAGAUUUUAAUGUUACCAAUGGAUAGCCUUAUUUUGACUAAAAUUUGAAUUGUUUCAGUCUUUUAUAUUUCAUGAGAUAUACACUUUCACAAUACACAGGUUUUAGGCUAAAUUGCCAUGUCAGUGUCGGUGGGGUUUGAAAUGAGGAAAAAAACGUUUUUAGAGAGUUGGGUAUUGGGGGAGGCCCAGGAAAACCUUUCUGAAUCCAACACCAAAUAAUGGAUAUACAGAGUCAUCAGCACUGUGGUGGAAUUGGAUGAUAUCAAAAGUACUGCUACCUUCCUUAUUUGAUUAAGAAAAGAAAGUGACAUCUUGAAGGAUUGCUGGGAAAGUUCUGUAAAAUGGAACAAAAGGCAGAAAAUUCAGUUGAAAACCUCUCCUUUAUACAGAAUUUCUGUGGUAUGGAUAGCUGUGAUUAGGAUUUUGUUUGGCAUUGAACUGAUCAGCCUAAGGGAUGUAGUUCCUUAAAAAGGAUUUUUUUCUGAAUACGGUAUGCAUGGGGAAUAUUAUGUAUUGAUUAAUAAUUGUUUCAAAGUGUGUAUGUUAAAAUUAUCAUUUUUUUUUUCCUCCCCUGGAUAAAUGAAGGCUGUUUGUAGGUUUAUUUUCAUUCAAAAUUUUAUCUGGGUUUUUGAAGGGUUUUCAAAUUGCCAUAUGUAUUAUGCUUUUGUCUUAUAGUAAGACUCCACAAGGAACUUCUAGUAUUCUAUUUUAACAUGGUGUGUAUCCAUACCUUACUUUAACCUCUGUCAGGUGGUCUUACCUAAGAUGUUGGAACUUGUAUCGCAAUGUUAAUAGGUUUAUUGAGAUUCGAAAUGAAAUGAUGAAGAAAUGACAACCGAAUGCUAAGACUAAGAAACUUGGCCCGUAUUCAUUAAACUAUUGUACUACAGUUGCUCAAGCUUUCAUCUUUAACUGUUGCACCACUGUAGACCAUAAUGGACCCCUCCAUACCAAUGCAUGGUAGAGUCUACUAAAGUUACAUAGGGGUGAAAGGGUUAAACCAAGGUUCUUGUUUACUUUGCCAAGUUCUUACGACAGAAUGAUAGUCUAACAGUUAAGAAGUGUUGUGAUACUGGGGUGUUGAGUACAUUGUAAAGUAGGUACAUUGUAUUGCUAAGUACUUAGCUUGUAACUGCUUUUACAAAAAGUAAUAGUGCGAGUUUAGGGUUGUCUGGUUGGGUGUUAGAAAUCUUGUGAUAAAUCCUGUCAGAAGUUUCGGGCUGUUGUAAAUCUUGUCGGUGUUUACUGGCAAUUAGGACCCAGUUCAGUGCCUGUUAAACUUAACAACUCGUAAAACUUAAAUCCGUUAACAAAAAAAAAAUGAAUGUAAUAUUUGUAAUUUAAAUGACCUGUAGAGAAUUUGGGAUGAUCAUCUGUAGAUAAAAUAACAAAAACUACUUGGAAGAUAUUUUUAAAAAAAAUUCAUUUUGAAAAUUUGUGUCAGUGACUCAUUAAGCUCAAAAUCUGAAAACAAUGGAUUUAAAUAUGAAGGAAUGAAUUGAUGUCACAGAAUGUCAAACUGUUGGUGUUUUCAAUGAAGGGAUGCAAUAGUUAAGCAUCACAUUUAUCUCACAAACACGUAUUUGUUUAGAUCGACAGAUAUUGUAUAGGGUUAACUAGUAUUCAUCUGCUUCAAAGAAAUGCUCCUCAAAUGUUGAAAAAUAAAACUGACGAAUGUCAUGUUUACAGUCACCAGAGUAGAUAACCGUCAACUGUAGGGUCCUAUGUAGUGUACGAUGUAUGUAGGUUCCCGUGUGAUGUGAACAUGGAUCUAGAGCGUUUUGAAGACAUCAACCUUACAGUCCAUAUAUACCCAUUAGUUGAUGAUUUAUCGAGAGAAGCAUAGCUGCUAGAAGGCUUGGUGGGUUUUCCUAAUAUAUUGAAAAUAAUUGACUAUUUACUAUGAAAUUUUAUAUGAUUAACCUUCCAAUAUUCUUUAAAAUUGCCAUUAUAAGCAAGAUGGUAAAUUAUAGUGAUUGCUUAUUAGGUUUAUAUCGUUGUAAAGAUGGUUAGUUCUGUAAUGCAAUUCUACAAACAUGAUUAAUUUUCAUCUACUUUUACGCAAAAAAUGUUGGGGUACCCAGUUUGCUUUGUCAGAAAUAGCAACAACUCUUAUCGUGCAGUUGAAGGUUAAGAUUUGUUCACAGAAAACCUGGAGCCGAAAUAAAAGGAACUGUUUGUUUUUAUUUAGCGUGAAGUAUUGGUAUUGAAAGUGAUCCUCUGUUCAGUGUUAAACCUCAAAGGAACUGUAGCAGUACAGAUAAUUUGUAGUGGUGGAUCCAGAGUCCAAUCUGACGGUGUUCUCAAAAAUAUCCAAAUGGAAAAACUAUAACCUGGGAUUGUUGGGGCUGAAGCUCUAGAUCUGCCACUGUUGUACUAGAGACUUUGUUGUGGACGCUGUGUAGGUUAUAUAGCUGGUAACAUCCAGAAGGUCCUCCAAUGCUGACUGUUAGAUGAUCAGCUAUGGAUUAGCAUUGGUUUUCGUUCCAGUGAAAUGUCCUAUAUUAAGUAUGCCGGUGGAUGUAUGUGAGUAUGAAUACAUGUGAUCUACAAACAGUGAA